AUGAGCGAAGACCAAGACUCGGAUUCAACAACAACCGAGUACCAGUUUGUAUUCGGUACAGACCAGCCAGGCGCCCGCAGCCAUGCGAUGCGACAGUUCUGGAGGAGGAGGCACCAGGCCCUCCAAAGUUCCCCCCAGACCACUCGACCUCAGCUUAGGACACUACUUCCGAAGGACUAUAGCUCAGAGAGCAGAGGGUAUCAGCAGGAUGCGUCACAGGGUCAGACCCCCGAUCCACCAGAGGGUGAAGGUCGAGAAGGCUCCGCCUACGCGAAAUCUCCAGCUUCAGACGUCGAUCACGGGCAUCAGUCCUCGAUCAUUCAAGGGCCAGGUCCCAAGUUUCCGAUAGAUCUGUCGGCUAAAGACCAAGAGAUCUUCUCUUCAUGGCUCGAUUUACAUGCUAGCUUUGGCCCCGGCUUGUCACAGAGUACUGGGUUCGACCCUGUACGUGAUGUCUGGUAA